AUGACACGAACAAGAGCUAUAGGCCGUCGAAGUACAAGCCCCGUUCCUCCUCUUCCGGAGCCCUCAACGGCUGCUACUGAUUCUUCUCUUCCGAAUCCUGAUGCUCCUCCUCAAGAACCCCCAAUUUCUAGGGUUCCGAGUUCUCCCAUCCAUGCCUCGAACCGUUUUUCUUCUUUCUCUGUUCUUGAUCGACCUACCCAUGAAGAUGGUAGUAGUCCCUACUUCUUGAGCACAGGAGAUCACCCGGCACUUGUUCUUGCCUCUCCUCCCCUCACCGACAAGAAUUUUCAACAAUGGAGAAGGGAUUUCAAGAUUUCCAUUCGGGCUAAGAACAAGCUCCCUUUCCUCAACGGAUCUCUCCCUCAACCAGCUGAAGAUGAUCCUCUUCUCAAUCAAUGGCUUCGCUGCAAUCACAUGGUAAUGUCUUGGAUACUUCAUUCUAUUUCUUCUGACAUCAAAAGUAGCAUUCUAUUCUUGGACAGUGUUGCAGCUAUGUGGAAUGAACUAAACAGCAGGUUUGAUCAAGGCAAUGGACCUAAGAUCUUUGAUCUUCGAACCUCUCUCAUCAGCCUUCAUCAAGGUGAUGACUCUGUAAGUUCCUACUUCACCAAAAUCAAAGCUAUAUGGGAUGAGAUUACUGAUUUAUGUCCUAGACUUCCAUGUACUUGUGCUGCUUCUGCUGAUACUCUUGAUUUUCUUAACCAAGAACAUGUUCUUCAAUUUCUCACUGGUUUGAAUGAAUCUUUUCAUGCUGUAAGAGCCCAAAUAUUAUUGAUAGAUCCUUUUCCCUCUCUUUCAAAAGUGUUUUCUAUGAUCAUUCAAGAAGAAAAUCAAAGAAGACUUCGGCCAUCUCACAACACCUCAUUCAUUGCUGCUAUCCCUCCAUCUAUUCCACCUUCUACCUCUCGCACCAAGAAAAUGCGUCCCACCUGUUCUCACUGUCUUAAACCAGGGCACCUCAAGGAGAAAUGUUUUUUCCUUCAUGGAUUUCCCCCGGGUUAUGGUGAUAGACGUAAAUCUGAUUCUGUGAAGACUAUCAAGUUUCUGUCUCCACUUCUUCACCAAGUGUACCCAUCCUUACACCAUCUCAAUUGGAACUCAGCCAGCAACUUAUUGCUCUGUUAA